AUUUUAUCUUGGAUUAAGCGGUGUUACGGUGUGAACUCUGCAGUGGCGGUUGAUACACGUAUUCGCACCUUAAAGAAAUAGAGUCCUCUAACCGCUGCAAAUUGCAAGUUUUGCUGUCUCUGUCUUUUCCAACCCGAUCAUUUUAUUGAAUUUUUAUGGAGUGGAUGGACACUUCCUUGUGCCCCUGAAUUGAUUUGAUUGAAGUAUAGAAAUGGCAUAUGCACAUGGGUUUACUCCAGUAUUCAAAUUUGGUUUUGUGUUUUCUUCACUGUCUUCACCAAAACAAGGGUACCCUUUGGCGUUUCCUGCAUCAAAGUGUCGAUUUUCACUGAAACUCUGUGAUGGGGUUUCAGCUAAGGUUUGUAAGUUUCAAUAUCCUACCUUUUUUGCGGCAAAACCCAGUUUAAUCAGAGGUUGUAGGAGGAUGAAAUCGGUGGAACUGGACCAGUUUGUGACCAGUGAUGAUGAGGAAGAAGAAGAAGAAGAGGAAAUGGGUGAUGGGUUCUUUGAGGCAAUUGAGGAGCUUGAGAGGAUGACAAGGGAACCUUCUGAUAUUCUUGAAGAGAUGAAUGAACGUCUCUCUGCGAGGGAGCUGCAGCUCGUGUUGGUUUAUUUCUCGCAGGAUGGGAGGGACUCGUGGUGUGCUUUGGAGGUGUUUGAUUGGCUCAGGAAGGAGAACAGGGUGGACAAGGAGACUAUGGAGCUUAUGGUUGCUAUCAUGUGUGGGUGGGUGAAGAAGUUGAUUCAGGAGCAGCAUGGUGUUGGUGAUGUUGUUGACUUGCUUGUGGACAUGGAUUGUGUGGGCUUGAGGCCUGGUUUUAGCAUGGUUGAUAAGGUGAUUUCCUUGUAUUGGGAGAUGGGGGAGAAGGAAGGUGCGGCCUCUUUCGUGGAAGAGGUUUUGAGGCGCGGGAUUUCUCGUGCUGAUGAUGAUCCAGAAGGGCAUAAAGGAGGGCCAACUGGGUAUCUUGCUUGGAAGAUGAUGGCUGACGGCGAGUACAAAAGUGCUGUUAGAUUGGUAAUUCGUUUUAGAGAAGCUGGCUUGAAGCCAGAGGUCUACAGCUACCUUGUUGCAAUGACUGCUGUGGUUAAGGAGCUGAAUGAAUUUGCCAAAGCACUGCGCAAGUUGAAAACUUUCGUGAAGGCUGGAUCGGUAGCUGCAUUAGAUCUUGAAGAUGUUGAGCUUGCAGAGAAGUAUCAAUCCGAACUUCUAGCUGACGGAGUGCGCUUGUCCAAAUGGGUGAUUCAAGAUGGCAGCCCAUCACUCCAUGGAGUAAUUCAUGAGAGGCUCCUUGCGAUGUACAUUUGUGCUGGUCACGGAAUCGAGGCUGAGAGGCAGUUGUGGGAGAUGAAGCUUGUAGGCAAGGAGGCUGAUGCAGAUCUCUACGACAUUGUCCUCGCCAUUUGCGCUUCGCAGAAGGAGGCGGCUGCCACGGCAAGGUUGCUGACCCGGGUAGAGGUUGCGAGCUCCCCGCAGAAGAAGAAAAGUCUGUCCUGGUUGUUAAGAGGCUAUAUUAAAGGUGGUCAUUUCAAUGAGGCAGCAGAGACUGUCAUGAAAAUGGUUGGAAUGGGGUUGUAUCCUGAGUAUUUGGAUAGGACAGCCGUACUGCAAGGAUUAAGGAAAAGGAUUCAGCACCAUGGAAAUUUAGAUGCUUAUAUCAAGCUCUGUAAGUCCCUCUCUGAUGCAAGUCUCAUCGGACCAUGUCUUGUUUAUUUGUAUAUAAGAAAAUAUAAGCUUUGGGUUGUGAAAAUGAUCUGAAAAAAUGAGCUGGAACCAUGCCAAUUUUCCAACCUGUGGUUUCGGAAGCAUAGUUGUAUAUCUCUGGCACUGAUUUUCUUGGUGCUUGCUUACAUGUAUAAAUUUGUAUAGGUUUAAUGGACCAAUUCUAGUGUCUAGAGCAAUGUUGUAGUGAGUAUGUAUGUAUGUGCACACAAACACCAUCUUCAUAUACCAUUGGAUAUAUUAUUAUUUUAAAUAAUGGAUAUGAUUAAUUACUGGUUACCGAAAA